AUGGCGGAAAUUGAGUAUCUUAAAGGGCUGAAAGCCGUUCGCGAAAGAGCUCAUCUUGUCUUGGAAGCCGCCGCACAGGAUAAUCUGACACACUUCUCAUAUUUGCCGGACUUGAUGCCUGGUGUGGCAGAUUUUGUAGCGGGUAUCAUUAAUGUGCAGAGACUUUGGUCCCAAUCGAUUCCAAGAGAUUCCUCCCACGGCCGAUGGCAGCACUUCGAAAUUGGAGGCGUUCCGCGAGUGGAAAAACUCAUCAAGGGAUGGCAAUCAGUUGGUGAUGACGAGACAGAAAUCACUCGACGCCUCAUCGAUCUAUUCUUUGUUGCUGUGCUUCUCGAUGCCGGGGCCGGUGAUGUCUGGAAAUUUACUGAGCCUGACACUGGGAACGAAUAUGGGCGGAGUGAGGGCAUCGCAGUCGCAGCUUUAUAUAUGUUCAAGGCUGGCGCAUUCUCGGAUGGUGGUGCCGACAUUGAAGAAGCUGACAAGUUUUACACAGGCCGUGGUCUCGUUUCACUUGAUAUUGCAGAGUUCAGAAAGAACUUUCAAAUAACCGCUAACAAUGAGAUAAUCAGCGACAUUUCUCGUGUCAGUCUUCUGCAAAGCGUCGGACAUUCACUGUUGAAUCUGCCUGAGAUUUUCGGGGAUAAGGGCCGACCUGGAAAUAUCGUUGAUUACUUGUUGGCAAAUAGAAAGAACGGGGAAAAUCUCAACUACGAAGUUUUGUGGUCGGUCCUACAAAAGACCCUUCUCCCUGCCUGGCCCAAAAACCGAACCCACGUUUCAGGCGUGCCUAUCGGAGAUGCAUGGCCUCUUCAAACGCUAGAGAGACUGAAUUCUGAUCGGCAAGCUCAAAAUGGCGCCUUGAAUAUUCAGCCUUUCCACAAACUGACACAAUGGCUUGCCUAUUCUCUAUCGGUUCCUUUCAUACGGGUUUUGGGGUUAGACUGGGACAACAUUGACCAGGGAACCGGACUUCCAGAAUACCGUAAUGGGGGCUUAUUUGUCGAUCUAGGUGUAUUACGGCUGAAAGAGAACGUCUUGAAGGAAGGCCAGAAAAAUUCCAAGCAAGAAACCCCGAGCUUCGAUGCGACCAGUGACGUGAUUGUGGAGUGGCGCUCAAUGACUGUUGCUUUGCUCGACACUCUUCAUAAACUGAUCGCUGAUCGCUUUGCACUACAAGGUGUUCGAAUCAGCAUGGCACAAAUGCUAGAAGCUGGAACUUGGAAGGGGGGUAGAGAGCUGGCAGCAAAGUAUCGUCCUGAAACUAAAUCAAGUCCAAUUGUGAUACAGGGAGAUGGGACUCUGUUCUAA